UUGAUUUGCUGUAAGCGCCUGUUUCCUAUAUCAGAUCUCCUCACUAUCAUUAUGUGACUGAUGGGCAGCAUAGGACUGUUCCAGCACGUUGAUAACCUAUGGGCUAUGUGAACCGGACCUGGGCGAUGGACGUGAGUUCCCUGUUUGGAUUCCGAGACAUAGUAUCUCGAAGCCAGUGGUUUGGCGCAGGAUCACGGGCGUUCAGAACAGGCGUUAUACGCGAUUCCUUCCUUGCGUUGCAGACGGAGGGCUAGAAGGACUUGAUUGGGACUUUGAAUAGUGAGCACUUACGGCACGAACGCGAUAUUAUGAACGAUAUUUCGAUGUACACGUGAACCGGUAUGGUCUUGACUGCCUGUAGCUCGUGGAUGAGGCACAUUGUGCGAUAAAACGGGUUUGAUUGGAUUCAGCCCUUUACCACAGAAGCUCGAGAAAAGCGCCAACGUCCCUAGUCCCUAUGG